CAUUGUUCGGCGACGCAUGCGUAAAACGAAAAGGUAGCGUUGUUACCGUAAAAAUCUCGAAAAUUUACACUUGUUUGUGAGCUGAUAGAGGUAAGAGGUGGAUUAAAAUCGCGACGGCAUGGCAGCAGUACGAAAGAGGCACGAGCGUCACCGUGAGGCCUACGAGGAGCUGGUGUACUGGGACGGUCUGGUCAAAAAGGGUCACAAGCUCCUCCCGGAGGACUUUAACAGAUAUGAAGCACUGCGUUACUGGUAUGACUGUCUACGCUAUCAAGAUGAGCUAAAACAGUACAAGGACUGUCUCAGUGUCAUUAAGGAGACCGUAAAGAAAAAGACUAAUGAGAAGAAUACAAGUGAGAAGCCUACAGAUGAAAAGGAUACAAGUGAGAAGGUUGCAGACGAAAAGGAUGCAAGUGAGAAGGUUUCUGCUCAACGGACACCCUUGCAGGGAUAUGACAACCCAGUGAUGGCCAAACAUUCUGAGAUUUAUCCAACUGCAGAUGAACUGACGGCCAUACACGCAAUUGUGUCUGAUGUGGAGUGGGCACUGAAGGCCAUUUCUGAGCAAAUGAAUGCUUCAAAAGAUUGUGAAGAAAAUGCUGAGGAAAAGAGUGCUGGUUCUGAAGAUCGUCUGAUCCGUGGCGUUGUGAGGGUGGGUGCGUUGGGCAAUGGACUUCUGCUGAAGGGAGACAUGAACCUGGAUAUGGUGCUGCUUUGUUCUGUCAAGCCUACUGUGACCCUGCUUCAAGAAGUGGCCGAAAAUCUGAUUGCACAGUUAGAGGUACAAAUAAUUACUUCAAAUGAUUUUUUUUUUUAA